CUCAGCUGUUCCACCCACAGAGAGGUGGCCAUCCUGCCUGACCUUGGCCUGUAAGCUGUCUAGGACAGCGGCCUGGUCACAGGGGCCCGUCGAGGGGAGGUUGGGAAGUGGAAGAACACUCUGGCCUCCUCCAUCAUGUCAGCCAAGAGGGCGGAACUGAAGAAGACAAGUCUGUGCUCCCGAAAAACGACUUACCCAGCUUCCUUCAGUUAUCUCCAAGUGCUCUUACCAGCUCCCCCAUCCCUGCCCCCAGCAAGAAGAGGGCAGCCUGCUGAACAGGGAGGUUUUACUCAUGAGAGGACUAGAACAGGACAAAAUAGCAAGAACUACAAGGCAGUUUGCCUGGAAUUGAAGCCGGAGCCGAUCAAAACAUAUGACUACAAAGGAGCUAAACAAGAAGGGCCAUUUACCAAACCAGGAGGAACAAAGGAGCUAAAGGAUGAACUCAGGGAAGUGAGGGAAGAGCUGAAGGAAAAAAUGGAGGAGAUAAAACAGAUAAAGGAUGUAAUGGACAAGGAUUUUGAUAAACUCCAGGAAUUUGUGGAGAUUAUGAAGGAAAUGCAAAAGGAUAUGGAUGAGAAGAUGGAUGUUUUAAUAAAUAUACAGAAGAACAGCAAGUUUCCCUUUAGGAGAGGACUGAAGAUGCAGCAAGAACUCAGGCUGAUAGGAAAGACAGACACAGACUCACAGCUCCGGCUCAGGAAAAUGGAUGGAGCUGGUAGAGCACCACUCUCUCUUCAGAAAAAGAUGGCACUGCAACAACCAAAAGACCCAGUGGACUCCCUUCACCAGUGCGACUCCUGCUUUGAAGAGAAAGAUGGCCCAGGAAGAAGUCUUAAGAACAGAGACAAAAUCAGGACGAAGCAGACUCAGAGAGAGAAGGGUCAGAGGAAAGGAAUAGGGGAAGGGCAGUGUGGAGGAGAGGAAAGUGAGCGUGGGAAGAGAAGAAGAAGAGAGACAAGUAGGAGCAGGAGGACCCUGGGGAAGAGGAAGAGAUCCUGACUUGGGAAUCUCUCCAGAGCCUUGGACUGCCCAGGGCUCCUGCAGCAUGCCCCAACCUGCCCUGCCCAUCAUGGUCACCGUGAUCCAGGGUUUUAUACCCUCCACUCCCCAUCCACACUCCCAGGCCUGCAG